AUGGGUUUCUUACAUUCGCUGCUGGAGAACCACAAGAAGAAGUUCAUCAAGCGCAAGGACAGUGAUGCCGGAGCGCAAGGUAUCCCGUUCUCGUCCAUAUCGUUCUUUUCUUUGGGCGUUCCUUUUUGUUUAUUAUAUGCCAUUUCUCUUAAAGCUGAUUGGAUUUGCGUUGGUCAGAAUAACACCUGACGGUAAUUAUAUUUUGCUCAUCAUUUUCUUCUGUAAAUUGGAUGGUCAUCGCAUUUGGAGUUUGUAUGAUUUUUUAUGGUUCUGAUUUUUCAACUUGAAUUCCUGAAUAUUUUUCCGAGGUUUUUAGGUCCUGUUCAAAUGCUGAAAACCGAUUUCGUUUAUUUUGUUCAUGGGAAUGUGAUAUCCAUUACCAUCUUCUUUGAGAUCACAAUCUCUUUUCGUCAGGUCAUCAGAAACUUUUCCAAUUUGGACAUUUGAUCGAAGUCUUUUCCCACUUCACGCGAGAGGUGUUUUUGUCAUUACUUCCAAUGAAUUUAUAUUCGCUACUUCGAUUCUCCUCUCUGGUAAAUGUAUUUUAAAAAAAAAAAAUUAAAGUAAAAGAAACUCCAUGAUUCUAUGUAUCUUAAAUGUGGUGUAUCGGAAGUUUUUCCUUAAUGAGCAUAGAUUGGGCAUUCGUUGAAUCAGCCAUAUAAGUAAUGUGAUACUUCAAGUAUCGUUUAAAGCCAAUGACAGAGAAUUAGCAUAUAAAUAAAAUCGAAUGAACUAAAUAUUUUGGUACAUCAUUGUAAAAUUAAGGUAUAAUUCAAAUAAAGCAAGGCUAUACCAAAUUUUAAUCUCAUGCCCAUCGAACUCCAAUGCAUUCUAAUUCACUGCUUGGAGACAAUUAAUAGUUUACUGGGAUAUAAUUAAAUGCUUCGAUCUUCCCUCUCUGGGUAUACACAGGCCGGGCGCUAGAAGAACUGCGGGCCUCUCUCUACAAUGAUUUCCGAACCUCAGAAGGAGCAAAAUGGCAACAACAACGAUUAUGUGGCCCUGUUGUGGCAAUGACUUUCAACUUCAUGGUUGCAGUUGGCAUCAUCUUUGCAAACAAAAUGGUCGGUUUUGUUUAUUAAUGGUGCUCUUUCUAUUGUUAGCACAGUGGUUCUUCUUUUGGGGAGUAAAACAUGGAAGUGUGCUUCAAAGUUUUACUUCUAUUACAGGUUAUGGGAAGGGUUGGGUUCAAUUUCCCAAUUGUUCUGUCAUUGAUUCACUACAUAACUUCAUGGUUCCUGCUGGCCAUCUUCAAGGCGCUUUCACUUCUUCCAGCCUCUCCUGCGUCCAAAUCCACACCAUUCUCUUCUCUAUUUUCUCUGGGUGCUGUCAUGGCAUUCUCCACUGGACUUGCCAACGUUAGUUUAAAGCAUAACAGGUAUGAUUUUAAGUUUCCAAUCCUCGGUGUCUAUAAUUUCCAUUUUCCAUUUAUAGUCAUAUUUUUCCUUUUAUAUAUCAUUCAAUAUACUCUUCUAAAUCUAUUGUUAAUUUGUAGUGUGGGAUUCUACCAAAUGGCUAAGAUAUCUGUGACUCCGACCAUUGUUCUAGCAGAGUUUAUUCUUUUUCGGAAGAAGGUUUCUACCCAUAAGGUAGCUACGGCCAUAUUUCUUAUUUUCAUUACAUUUUCCUUAAAAAUAAUUAUUGUAUAGAGCAAUCAGGAAACCUAGAAGCCAAAAAUUAUGAGGAUCAGUUCCUUUGUUAAAAACUAAAAGCUCAAUUUUCAGCAGCUGACUUGAGAAAUUUUGAAUCUGUUCUUGCAGGUUCUGUCGUUGGUUGUUGUGUCAACGGGUGUGGCGAUUGCUACUGUCACCCACCUGGAAUUCAAUUUUUUUGGUGCCUGUAUAGCUGUAGCAUGGAUCUUACCCAGCGCUGUUAAUAAAAUUCUAUGGUCGAAUCUGCAGCAAACCGAGAAUUGGACUGCCCUUGCGUGAGUAAAAGCCAAUCUAAACUUCACUUUAUGCAUAUAUACCAUUUGGCCAAUUUAAUGGUAAUCUCUCUACAGAUUGAUGUGGAAGACGGCUCCAGUGACAGUGUUCUUCUUAGUGGCUCUGAUGCCUUUGCUGGAUCCACCUGGGAUCUUCUCCUUCAAUUGGGACAUGAAUAAUACGUUGGCUGUUAUCGUGUCAGCUCUAUUCGGGUUUCUUCUUCAGCUGUCUGGGGCUUUGGCGCUUGGGUGAGUUCUCUGCUGAUUCUUUGGACAUAUAAUCUUAGAGAAUAUUAGUUAAACUUCCCAUAGUUGAGGUAAAUAAUAUUUUCUGAAGUAUAUCUUAUCGGCUUGUAUUUUCUCCAGAGAUCAACAAGGCAGAUAUCAUAUCUAAUGGUGCUGAUAAUCUUUCGGUGUUCCUACCAUAAUACAAUAUGUUCAUAAUGAAAUAAUUUUUCAGAUAUUAAAUCUUAUAAAUUAUGGGCAUAAUAUGUUGCAUGGGCCCAUAUCCGUCCAUUGAUCAAGAGAAAGUUUCAAUAGGACCCAUAAUUUAUUUUCAGAUACUAAUUUUUUUAAAAAAAUGAUGCAUUAUGGGUAAACCCAAUAAAAUAAAAAACGAAAAAAAAAGUUUUUAUCUUAUGCUGCAGUUUUUUUUUUAAAAAAUCCGUUGGAUAAUGUCUUGUAAUGGUUCUAUUUCUGUGUUCUCUCAUGGCAGUGCAACCUCUGCGACUUCCCAUGUUGUUCUGGGCCAGUUCAAGACGUGUGUGAUCAUGCUCGGCGGAUAUCUGUUCUUCAAUUCCGAGCCAGGGAUGGUGAGCCUGUGCGGGGUUGUGGUCGCCCUCUGCGGGAUGUCUCUCUACACCUCGUUGAGUCUCCAGCUCCUCAAGGAACCCACUAGCAAGCAGCUCCUGCCCAGGCAAGCCUCCCUCCCUUCCAAGCCCAGAGCGGAUGCUGAGAAUGGUGUUAUCGAUGCUGAGAGCACAGAUUCAGUCUAG